GCCAAAUGCCAAUGGCGGUUGUCAACUUUUAGUACUAACUAGACACCUUAUUUGCAGAACAGUUCAUUUGACACCCAAACAUGGAUUUUCAAAAUCGACCCGGUGGAAAGACCGGGACGGGAGGUGUGGCCUCGUGGUCAGAGGCCAACAGAGACCGUCGAGAACGUCUGCGGCAACUUGCCCUCGAGACUAUUGACCUGAACAAGGACCCCUAUUUUAUGAAGAACCAUUUAGGUUCUUACGAAUGUAAGCUAUGUCUCACACUUCACAACAACGAAGGCAGCUACCUGGCACACACUCAGGGUAAGAAACAUCAAGCAAACCUCGCCCGACGAGCUGCCAAGGAAGCCAAGGACUCGCCGCAGCAGCCGGCUCCUGAGAAGCCACGAGUGGAGCCGAAGAAGUUUGUAAAGAUCGGACGUCCAGGUUAUCGAGUGACAAAGCAGCGAGAGUCAGAUUCUGGACAGCAGAGUUUGCUCUUCCAGAUUGAUUAUCCUGAGAUUGCUGAUGGAGUUUCGCCCAGACACAGGUUUAUGUCUGCGUACGAGCAGCGUGUGGAGCCUCCAGACAGGAAGUGGCAAUACCUUCUGUUUGCGGCUGAGCCUUACGAGACUAUUGCGUUCAAGGUGCCAAGUCGUGAAGUAGACAAAUCAGAAGGGAAGUUUUGGACUCAUUGGAACAAAGACACUAAGCAGUUCUUCCUCCAGUUUGCCUUCAAGAUGGAGUCCAAGCAACCUAUGAUGCGGCCGCCCCCACCUCCCACUCCGCCUGUGAGGCCCCCGCAGAUGUUACCCCCUCCACCUAUGAUGCAUCCUCCACCUCCGCCUAUGAUGGCACCACCGCCACCUCCGAUGUUCAACCCUGUUCCUCCCCCGCCACCUAAGAUGGGCGACAUGCUGCCAGUACCGCCGCCACCGCCUAGGUUACAGUAAUUUGUGAUCAUUGAUAAUUUUGUUUUUUAAACUAUCAAGUGUGUAAUUAAAGUGGAUUUUUGGUAAAAUUUUAAAAUAGAUGUUUCUUAAAAUA